AUUUAUGUUUGACAUCACCUGUGUCUGUGCUGAAGGCGGUUGCAUGUAUGGUAUAUGGUUACGUCACACUGGAAUCAAGGUAUUGCGUUGUUUGCCAAGUUCGCUCUGACGAAAGGAGGUGCAUUCAAGAUGCAGAGGAUGGUCUGGACAGGCGAAACUUAACAGGUACCUGCAGCAGUAAGGAUAUUUGCGUCAUAAUAAGGUUGAAGAUUGCAAGAUGAGUACCGUUUCAGUACGAAGCAAGGCAGGGGAGAAGUUUCUGAAGUUGAAUGGAAUUAAGGCAACACAUUUUGAUGUUGACGAUGCAAAUAAAAACUGUUCUCUCCCACCAAAUACACUGCCCAUGGAAAACCAAGUUGCAGGACAUUCAUUUGGAGAUGGUAAAAAUACACUAGGAAUGUUGAAACAUAAGGAUGGGUAUGUAUUGAAACCAAUAGAGAAACCUGCUUAUGGGGAACGUGAAAUAAAGUUUUAUCAAGACUUGCAGAGUGCUAAUGAUGCAGUAUCAGUUGAGCUCAAGAAAUUGGUCCCAAAAUUUUUGGGCACUACAACCUUGAAAAUAAAUGAAAAAGAUGUCAAGUUCAUCAUAUUGGACAAUGUAGCAAAUGACAUUGCAGAACCGUGUAUCAUGGAUGUCAAAAUCGGAAGACAAACAUGGGAUCCCGAGGCAUCAUUAGAGAAGAGAAAAAAUGAAGAUCAAAAAUAUAGUGAAUGCAAACAGGAUCUUGGGUUCUGCAUUCCUGGCUUUCAAGUUCAUAGAAUAUCUACUGGUAAUGUUAUGAAGUUGGGGAAAGAUUAUGGGAAGAAUUUGAACAAGACUACUGUGAGAGAUGCCUUGAAGCUGUACUUGAAUUCUGACUCUGGCCUCAGUCGUCAAAUGAUGCUGCAGUUUCUCGCUAGUCUGUGGCGAAUACUCCGAUGGUGCAGGAUUCAACGCAGAUUCAGACUGUAUUCAAGUUCCCUUCUGCUUGUUUAUGAUGCAAGAAGACUCAGACAGUGUCUCAAAAUUGAGGGUUGCAGUCCAAGUCGUCCGUUGAGUCCAAUCUUGGGCCGAGCAUUAACCCUCAGUGUCACCACUCCACCGGUGUUUGGCGGCCCAUUUAAUCUUGGAACGCUUAGCCCUGGAUUCUGUUCACAACGAAAUUCUGACCAGUUCAAUUUUUCAGGAUUGGCACCCGACAAAUCACGUAAUUCUAGAAGUUCUAAUGGAAGGCUUUCUCCCAAUACAUUGUCCGUACCUGGAACUCCAGCUUCUUUCCAGAAACAGAAUGGUACCUUUGAUGAUAGUAGUUGGCAUGCUGGUUUUGAGAAGGCAUGUCAAACCCACUCCCUUAUUAACAAUUAUGAGAAAGAUCUUCAGUCAAUGAAAGAGAACUAUACGUUUCAGCUGAAUGACUUGAAAAGUGCUGACAAGCCUCUAAGCAAAGAGGAGUGGGUUCAGGUAAAAAUGAUUGAUUUUGCUCAUCCAUUUCCAUCGGUGAAUGAUGAACUAGAUACAAACUAUCUGGAAGGAAUUGAGAAUCUUGUCAAGUUGUUUGAGAGUUUAUUGGAAGAAAUGUCCUUGUCAGCAUUAAAUCCCGAUUGAGUCGUGAGUGAUGUCUGUACAUACGUAUUCUGAAAGUUUCCUGCCAAAAUAUGCUUUAACAAGAUGUUUUUAGGAAUUUUGUAAAGUUUUAUAUAUUGUGUACGUAAGGUUCUCUUAUUUGGGACCAAUUUAAAAAAAUUUACGUCUCUGCAUGGUUGCUGACAGGACUUUGUGACGCGGCCCCCUUAGCUACUUUAUUCUACCUGGAGCAUUGAUGAUUUUUUUUUUCAUGUUCUUGUGUUCCCUUGAAUAGUUACUAUGCAUUAGAUCGGCUAGUUUUUAAUUAAUUAACAUGAUGGAUCUUACACAAAAUCCAUUUUCAUUUAGCAGCCUUAAAACUUAAAAUAUGAGGAAAAUUGUAUGGAAGUGAUUGUGGAGAUAUGAGUAGUGAUGGUUAUGUAAAUUUUCCUGUAUGUAUGUGGUUUUAUUAUUAUAUUAUUUGAGUCUAUCUAAUGAUAUGUAAAAUGCACUGAAGACUUACCAAAAUUCAAAUAUAUGGGAAUGGUAAGUAAGGAACAUAAAUGAAGAAUCGCAAUUAAAUCGUGAGGCAUCUAAAUUCAGGAAAUGUUUGUUACUAGACAUGUGAAAUUUUAUAACACAUUUUAUCAUUUGUUUCAAAUGGUUGCAACAGUCUAAUAUUCUGAUGAGAGGAUAAAUAAUGAAAUGUGGAAGUAAAUUUUAAAAGAAAAUAUGAAGAUACAGGAGAGAUAAAAAGAUUUGUACAGAUUGGCACAUAAUUAGUCAUUCAAUUUUAACUAAUUGCAUUUCUAUUUAUUUUUGGAAAUAAAGUAGACUUGGGAUAUUAUUACGAACCACUGUACAGCCCAGCAGUGAACAACAGUUGUUGAAUUUUUAUUUUCCAAACAAUUGUUCAGUUUUAUUGAUGCAGAGAAUUCUGUAUAAAUUUUAACACCCAAAUGGCUGCAGAAAAAUUUUGGCACAGGACUUGCAUCUUUUUCUAUACAAGAUUCAGCUGAUGCAAGAAUUUCUGCCAAGAAAUCAUGAAAAGCACACAGAAUACCCUCUGCGUUCCGAUAGGUGAUUAAUAAUUAUGUGCCACUGUGUACAAAGAGGAACUUCAUGUUUUAUGCUUUUGGCUGGUAUUUGUAUUUUCAGGGAUAAUAAAAUCAGUGAUUUGAAUAUGCAUUACAUGUCCAUAUCAACAUUAUGAGGGAGAUGUUGCUUGGCACAAGAUGAUACAAACUGUAAGUCAGUGGGUACAAUUUUUAAGAUGUUUGGUUGAUUUAUGGUUACUCUUAUUUAAUGCUCUGUAGUUCCCAGCUUUGAAUUUUGGCCAGUAGAUGAACUGUCCUGACUGAGAUUUCCAUGAUUUUUACCUUAGUCCCUCUAGAUAAAUUGCUGGGAUAUUACCUUAAAAUGCCCAUGACAACUUCCAUUGAUAGCUUUUCCAAUCCAUUAUUCACAUUAUCAUCCUAUUUGAAGGUAUACAACCAAUGCGUUUGGAAGAACACUGUUAAAUAACCCAAGAACCAAGAUAAAGAAACAAAUUAAUGAACAUUGUACUAGACAAAUUUCUUGAGAUACAUAGCCAGAAUUUGUAAUGGCUGUGUAGAUAUGGUGGAUUGUGAUUUAAUAUAACUCUCUUUUUAUUGCUGUAAUUAACCUUCAGUUUACAUAACAUCAGGAAAACUUAUUCACAUAAUUUCCACCUUCAUAUAAUUUUGAGGAUAUUAAAAGAAUUUAUAAAGUUUUCUUUGGUUUAGAAGUAUGAAGUCUGAUCCUUUCCAUUUGAAUUUUUUAUCAUAAAAUAAAAGUAAAUUGUGUGGA